UUCCUUGAAACCGUCGAGUUCCAUGUUAACAUGGUCAAAUUGAUGAACUUAUUCAACGUAACAACUUUUUAUCAAUAACUUUUUUUAGACCGCUUUUAACUAUUUGCAUUUUAGAGCAGUUUUACUCCGGUGUGGUGUUUUGCUUUGCACGCUUGUGCGCCGUUCGGAGCGUUUCUUAAGUUUUACGCUCAGUAUGCGCGUUUGCAGACAGGGAGUGGCGAAAUAUAAAUACUUUUUUUCCUUUUUUUUAAACCGUAACACCUCGAACUAAUUUUUUAUACGGCAUUUAACGUCCUUGCCCUCAAGUGACGGAUCUAAUGGACCAUUCGCCGUCGAUAAUCACGCAAGUCACCAGAGACGAGGAGGAAAAUGCGACUUGUCGUGAGGACGGUGCCAACGAAGUUUCCCCGUCAAAGAAGCCUCGCAGCAGAGGCCUUCUCCACAGCCUCUUCUGCUGCCUCUGUAGCAAGGAAUCAGAGUCACUUCCGCUAAAAAACAAUGCCCCCCUCUUAGUAGAAGAAAAUGGAAGUCUGUCAAAAGUUCCAGCUAAACCGCUGCUCCCACGGCUGAAAUCAAAUGAUGCAGGGAAGAUCUGUGUGGUCAUUGAUUUGGAUGAAACACUAGUGCAUAGUUCAUUUAAGCCAGUGAACAAUGCUGAUUUUAUCAUUCCAGUGGAAAUUGAUGGAACAGUUCACCAGGUGUAUGUGCUAAAGAGACCCCACGUCGAUGAAUUCCUCAAAAGGAUGGGAGAAUUGUUCGAGUGUGUCUUGUUCACCGCAAGCUUAUCCAAGUAUGCUGAUCCUGUGUCGGACCUGUUGGACAAAUGGGGGGCUUUCCGGAGCCGUCUCUUCCGGGAGUCAUGUGUCUUCCACAAAGGGAACUACGUUAAAGACUUGAGCCGUUUAGGAAGAGACCUCAACAAGGUCAUCAUCAUCGAUAACUCCCCAGCGUCCUACAUCUUUCAUCCCGACAACGCAGUUCCUGUAGCGUCCUGGUUUGACGACAUGUCAGACACCGAGCUCCUCGAUCUUAUCCCCUUCUUUGAGAGACUAAGCAAAGUGGAUGACAUCUAUGAUUUUCUGCAGCAGCAGAGGACUUCAAGUUAACAGAGGCAGGACACUAGGAUGAAAAAAAAUCACCAGCAGCUGCCGUCACGGGGCCACGGAGGCUGGUGGGCCACAGGCUCCACGCUGCUUCCAUUUACAAGGACCACACUGCAAAAAAAAAAAAAAAAAAAAAAAAAAAAAAAAAGCCUCUUAUUUAAUCUGGUAUUCUUACUAUAUAUUGCAUAAAAAAAGUGAAAAGCGAUCUUCCAGCAGGGUUCGGUACUUCAGCAUUGAAAGUUAUCCAAUCCAAAAUGUUUUUCGUUUCUUUUUUGUAAUGCUAGAUAAGGACUGAAUAUCAGAUUUAAUGACUUCUGUAGAUAUCUUUUUGCAGUGCAGCUAGUUUUAUUGUUGUCGUUAUGUGACAGCAGUGACCCAUGUAAGUGUGCUGAGAACUUAGGUUGUUGUUCGGUCAUUUUCAUUUCAGAAUAGUAUUUGUAAUUGUAUGUGAAGCUCUCACACAUAAUUAUAACAACUCAUUGAAGACUGAUCCUUAAACCCCAUUAACUUGUAUAUGUAGUAAAAGACAAUCAUUAACAUUAGAAAAUGUCUGUUUAACUGUCUCGAACAUGUUGUGGCACAUUUCACUAAGAAACAGACAUUUUUGGUGCGCACUUCCUGUAUGUCUUUGGAAAGCUUCAAACAAAUAUUGUUUGUGGUAGAAAUAUUGCUCCAGAAAGACACCAUAUACUUCAGCAUUUGCAUUUUUAGAUUGGAAAGGAAACCGAAACCGUAAUCAUGGGAGUCCACUGCCAUUAAUUGUAGUCUGUAACACCAUCUUGUAUUCACUACAUUACAGAUGACUGAUAAGGUUUAAUCACUAAUGUUCUAAUGUGUAAUAACCCUUUUAGUAUGUUGUCUUAUACCCAGUCAAGUCACAAAAUACCAUAAUCUUGUUUUUCAUUAGUUAACCUCAUACUUGUAUAGCAACAAACCAUUAAAAAAAGCUUUUAGAUCUGGAUCUUUUGGACUGUUCUGGAUUAGCACUAAGAAAACCGGUGAACUGCACACUGAUUGGAUCUUUCACACAAACUCACCACUGCAGAAAAUGGUGAGAUAGAUUGAUUUUGUAUAUACAGUGAAUCAGGAUAUUAGGCAGUUGUUGCCUUUAAUGCUAUUUUACCUAUUGUUAUUAUAGUUUUUUUUUAGUUUAUUAGGAGUUUUUUGUUCAUUUGGUCAACACAGUGUGCGACCCAUCAAUAUUGCAUUCUUGUACACGUGUGCAGGAGAAGGCUGUAACCUGCUAUGUCAACUUAAAGACGUUUGCUUUGAAAGAACACUUUAAUCAGUAAACUUUUCUUUUCGUGCAAGACAAUAAUUGAUUCAUUGUACUGCUGUAUCAAACUUUAAAUACAGUUUCAUUGGGGUAACUUGUGUCAGACCUGCUCGAGCCCUGAUUUACUUAAACUCACGUCUGGAGCGAGUGUGUAUAUUUUGUAUGUGUGCAUGUGGAUUUUGGUGUGACUGCGUGAGUUGGAGUUUAAGAAUUGAAAAAAAGAUACCAUUACAAUAAGUGAAAAAUCAUAAUCUGUCUUUUAAAAUCUUUUUUUACUGUAUGCAACAAGAGUAUUAACGAAGUGACUCAAGAAAAGAACCCGGUUCAAACUAAUUAGUUUUUAAAUUGCUGCUGAUUGUAAAAACAAAAAAAAGACAUCUAGAUAUAUUUUUACCU